CGCACAGCACGCUCUCACGUGACGAGGAACCAGCUGCGCCUCACGUGACCACGCGGAUCCGCCCCCCCUCAUCCCGCAGCCCGGUCAUCCCGCGCUCCCGCCGUCAGAUUUCAGUGGAGUUCAUCUCCAUCACAAGAUCGGCUGGUGGUCUCCACCCAUCGAACCAAGAGGGAGUUCUUCUGUUGUGAGCUCUCCUGCGCCCCCAUUGAGCCUGAAUCCGGUUUUCCAACAUGUCGUAUGGCUCUGUUGAUGGCAGUGGAUUUGGAAGCAGAAACCCUUUUGGCGGACCCUCUACUCAAGGAUAUCAGCCUCUAGCCACCCAGGUUGAUGCUCAUGAGCUGGAGGAGCUGUUCCAGGUCACUUCUGGGGAUGUGUUUAGAAUAAAUUCUAACGUACAGUCUCUGGAGAGAAACCUGCGCUCCUUGGGGACUCCUAGUGAUACCGCGGAGCUCAGAGACCGCCUGCAUUUCACACAGCAGGAAACCAAUAACACCAUAACUUCCAGCACCAAAUCUAUUCGCCAUCUCUCCGAGAUUGUCAAAGGCUCGAUCCGGCAGGAUCGUCUGCAGCUGGACCGACUGAAGAGCCAGUUGUCGGAGGCCAUCCAGCGCUACGGAGCAGUGCAAACGAAAAUAGCGGAGAAAUCCAAGUCGUUACUGAACGGCGGCCAGAAAAACCAGGAACAAAGUCCUCGGACCCCCUUCUCUGACAUUGCGGACGAUGAGAAGAUCUUUAAUGGUGGUGAUGAACAGUGGCAGCACCAGGGUCAAAGCCAGGACUUGUCUAACAUCACAGAUGAAGAUCUUGAGCAGAUCCGUAAGAAGGAAGAGGCUAUAAAGCAGAUUGAGAGUGAUAUGCUGGAUGUCAAUCAGAUAAUGAAAGAUUUGGCGUCCAUUGUGUAUGAACAAGGUCACGAUAUAGAUAGCAUUGAAGCCAAUAUUGAGACUGCUUCAUCACAUGUAGAAUCUGCCAAUCGCCAGUUGGCCAAAGCAAGUCAGCACCAAAGGCGCAACUUUAGAAUGGCCUGUGCACCCAGGAAGAGGAAAGAGAAAUUUUCCCCUCUCGAACUCGAAAUUUUGGUGGCCGAAGUAACCAAACAUCACUCGAAACUCUACGGAAGUGAGAGAGUAAAUCUGAGCCAACCAGCUAGAGAAAGGAUCUGGUUAGAAAUUGCCAAGAAAAUCAAUUCAGUGGCCCGAUCUCCCAGAACCACUAGAGACUUGAGAAGGCGAUGGGAUGACAUGAAGAGACGGACUAAGGAAAAGCUGGCAAUCAUAAAACGGUCGGUUGUGACCACAGGUGGUGUGACCAGGAACUGUAGCCCUUCGCUUCUACACAAUGAUACAAAUAGUGAUAUUUAUCCUGGAUAUGGAGGCGAAGAUGAUGAUGACGAUCAUGACGACAUCGAUGUGGAAGUUGACGCCCCACAUAUUGCUCUGGAGCUUCAGUCAGAUGAGGAGGAAAAUGGCCCUGGUUGUACAUGGGUACCCCUAAAAACAAUAGAAAUGGCUGUUUCAAAUGAACCCGAUAUGUCUGAUCAUCCUGUGAUCAUUCAGACUUCUGCUUCUUCUCCAUCUCCUCCAUCCUCUCCUCAGAUCCAGAUGAAAUCAAGCUACAUGAGGAGACUUUCUCCAGCAACUCCGCACAUGCGCCGGAAUCAAGAAGUCUCCGAUUUUGAAAAACAGUUGAUGGAGAGUCAGAUACAACAGAACACGCUUUUAUCGUCUUGGUAUCAGCAACAAACAUCCCUUAUGGUCCAGCAAAACCUCAUACUGGAGAACCUUGUAGAACAAAGCCGACGCUUGGCAGACAAUGUGGAGUCUUUAAACCGGACCUUGGAAAAAAUGGUGGAUGGGAACCAUUUGCACAGGGAGACGGUUCAUUUUGUACAGGAACGUAAGCAAGGUCCUUCCACCACCCGACCAACUCCCCGAACAGCUAGUGGCGAGUCUGGUGGUCCCUCCGGAACGGAAGCAUACUCCGGUAUGAUCUUGAAAGUCGAAGAAGAACUGUAGAGUCGUUUUGUUUCUUUGGAAAAAGUUAAUGACUUGAGAACAAUUUCCAUAUUCUUGGACAAUUAAAGGAAAAAAAACUAAAAACUUUUUCCUCUUGCUAGAUUAAUAGCGGACAGAUACUUUCCUUAUACAUUGCAUACAUAGAGCCAUUUUUGUAGGUUGUGAGAAACAUUGUGCAUAUUUUCUAUCUGGAUUUAUCGGUUUGUGAGAAAAUAUUUUGUACGUGUUCUUUUUAUUCUAAGAUAAUAUUUUUCUUACAUAAGUAAAACGAAAAAAAAAAGAACAAAAAAUUAAUUAAAAAACACCCCCACGUACUUAUCAUGCUGAAUAAGUAGUCCAACUGAAUGACUGUAAUGCAUCAUUUAUGAGUAGCUAAUAUGAGGAUUGUGUCAGAAUCGCACUAGAAAACGGCAUUACGGAACGGACGCUAUUUCCUAGCAAUACGACUUGCCUCACGAAGGCAUAUAUAUAUAUAUGCAGAGUCUGGUUUUUUUUUUUUUUUUUUUUUUUCAGAUUAUUAUUUUUUAGCUUUUUUAGAAAAAUAUUACAAUUUAAAAACCAACCUUCCGCUAAAUAUUUUAAAAUGUUUCACCCAAGUGCUGACUAGGGCACAAUAAUUUCCGCCUUGUCUACCUUGUAUUUAUUUAGUGACCCAUACAAGUCCGUAUCCUAUUCUAUUCCGUAUCCCUCAAAUAUCUAUGGUGCUGGAAGUUCAAGUUCAUAGAACCAUGGGGGUCCAUCUGGAAUAAAUGGACUCUUAAAGAACACAAACAUUUUUAUAUACAUAUAUAUAUAUUUUUUAAUCUGCCAUUUCCCCCUCUUCGUGCUCAAAAAUGUCUUAUGAUGAGACAAUUGGCUUCACCCGCCCCAUUAAGGCCCACCUUCUUAGGUAAGCCACACCUGCUCCAUUGCCUGUCAAAAACGGAAGCGAUCAUGAGAUGAAUCCUGUUGUUUGAACUGUUUCUGAAACUUGUAGAAAAUCAUGCAAACUGACAAAACGUGUGGUCAAGUUCAUCUAGGUUUACUGUUCCUUUAAACACCAGUACAAUGUUGCCCGUAUGAAUUGACCGAUUUCCUAUUGAAGGCCUGGCGCUGAGCUUAACGUCACUCUAUUUUUACGGUGUGCGGUAUAUAGACAAAAACGUUUGGCACUUUCCUACCGGCAACAUUCUGCAAGAUACAUUUACCUAGCAAAGCGUUGAAAAGAUGGCAAAGUGAUUUUUUUUUUAUACUUUUUUCCUUUGUAAGGAUUACCCUAUUAUAUAAAUAUAAACUAUUUUUCUGGUAGUUUAGAAUAUGUAUAAUGUACACGCAGUCUUUUAAUCCUAGUCACCACCCCCCCCUUUUUUUUUUUAAAUCAUGCAGGAAAUGUGCAUCACAAUUAUCCCUUUUUGUAUAUUUUUACUUUUUUUGUUUUGACCUGUUUAAAUAUUCUUUACAUGAAGGUUACUUAGUUGCUCGGUGCAAACUGCCUUGUUGUGGAAUGUCUUAGGACCUGUUACAAAAAGAGAUGUAAUGCAAAUAAUUCACGGUAUCGGUGGCCAGGUUUGGCAGAACGGAAGGUUUGUUGAUGUAGGAGGACUUAAAAUUUUUUGAUAAAGCAACAUAAAAAAAACACCCUUCAUGGUUCUGGGGUGCACAGGCCUUCUCUUAGUGACUGUACAACUGUAAAUUUACAGUAAAAACUGUCAAUUUCAGGCCAAGUAUACAUGGCUUCCCCGAGCCAAUAAGUCGAAAAACUUCUCCAGGAGUCUUAACACUUGCUACCAGCGUGAAUGCAGUUGUGACUUUCCUAGUUAUAAAAAAAAACAAAAAAAAAUUCUUUAUGGUUCCUGUAUAUACAAUACUCACUUUUGUCUUUUUUUACAUUUUUGAUUAUUGUCUUUUAUUAUUUGAGCUUUAUUUUUUAUUUCUUUUAUUCUUUUUUUGUGUGUGCUCUUUUGUUUUAUUUCUCUCCCUCAAGUAUUUAAUCUUAAUCCUUGUGUUACAAAAGUGCAUAUCAGUCAUUCUUUCCCAUGAUGCACUGGUGCAGUUUUUUUUUCUGUUGGUUAAUAAAUACCGUAUUUUUCGCCCCUUGAAGAUGCCCCCUUUUUUUUUUAAGGAGGAAAAUAAGA